AUGAAUUCCAAUUUUUUGUUUCUUCUACCCAAAACACAAGGUGCUAAAAAGGCUGAGCAGUUCAGACCAAUGGGUCUGGCAAAUUUUAACUUCAAAAUUAUUACAAGAAUCAUUACCACUAGGCUGAGUACAAUGAUUGAGAAGAUGAUUUCUAUGCAACAGGGAGCUUUUGUUAAAGGCAGGAAUACACAAGACAAAAUUGUUGUAGCUUCUAAAAUGAUAAAUGAGCUUAAUAUAAAAAGAAGAGGAGGAAAUGUAGGUAUGAAGCUAGACAUUACUCAAGCUUAUGAUUCAUUGAGUUGGAAUUUUUUAUUUGAAGUGCUUAGAAGAUUUGGCUUCUCAGAAUGUGGAAUCAACUGGUUGAGGAAACUUUUUGAAUCUGCAAAGAUCUCAGUGCUUGUGAAUGGUGGUCCAUGUGGAUUUUUUUGA